GGUCCCACUCUGUUUGCGUUGCCGGUCUUGCCAUUGUUUUCCGCUACUAGGCCUGAGGGCGACGGAAAUGGAAAUCACGAAGUGCCUUUUCUUUCUCUGCACCCGACCGCUAGCUCCCAUCGCUCCCUUGGGAACACUUAACUAACACGCUCAAUUGCCCGACUUCUCGACCGCACCACCCACACCCGAGUCCAGCAGCUCUCUUUCAGUCCCAUAUCAACAUCGUCAAACUCUCCAUUGCUGCCAACCCAGUGGUGAUAGAUACUGUACAUCCAUGGAGUAUACCACACCAUCUCCGCCGCAUCGACCGAUGAUGAUGGACACAAUCACCGCUCUUGGCGAUCUCGAGAUGUCUAGCCCGUACUCGCAGGCCACGGAUGUAGACAUGCAGGACACAAAUUGGACUAGGAAAACUGGGGAUGAUAUGACCGAAGACGAUAUGUCAUGCGACAGCCCAUGUCUCCCUUCUAUCGAGGCCGACGACGACGCUGCUCUCCGGGGUGGCGUAAUAGCACCGGCACCUAAUCUAGCUUGGGCACAAAAGGCCGCACUUGCUUCGCACCAGAAACCGCAGACGGGAUAUGCCGGUCCUGGAGCGGACGACGGAGAUUCCGACGAGCUAUCCGAGGACGACACCAACAGCACCAGCAGCGACUGGGACAGCUACGGCACCCUUCCACUAACCCUGGACGAAUACGAGAGUGUCGUUGAUCGCAUAGAGGGCAGCGAGGACUGGAACGAGGACCAGAGAAAGCUACACAAGCUGAUCUAUCUGCGCGGCCUUCACCCCAUGAUGCCGUCGUGGUGGAGACUGAGCUUCAAGAUGUGGGGUGUCACUCAACCGCAUCUCGACGACGUCUUCACGCCCAUGCAUAGCAAGAAGCGUGUCGCCAUCCAUGCAUAUGGAAACGAGGUAGCUGCGGGCAAGGCGAUGGAAUCUCUGUUCUAUCUCUCUCAGGUAGUCACGGACUACGAGGAGAUCGGCUACCAGGACAAGAUCGCGAAAGCUGUAGUAAGAUGCAUCCGGGGUUAUAUCAAAUGGGCCAUGCGAGACGCCGGGAUAGACAUGCGCAAGACCCUGCUCAACAUUCUGGUGCGAGCGUACCCCCCCGAUUUCCGAGGCGGUGAUGAAUACGAUAGCGAAGGAAGUGAUUUUGCGCCUUCCCCCGUCAGCAGCAACGAGGAACAGGAGGGGGAUCUGGAUGAGACCGGUAUUGGCAUAGACGAUGUGGCUUUGGAGGCCGCAGAGGCGCAACGCGCCAGGCGUUUCACGCGCGCCGUCUCACGAGACCUCGAGUCAAGACUGCUAAGCUUGGGCCAGCACUGGCGCAAUCUGUUGCGUGAUCAGCAGGGCAAGGGCUUCAUCGCAAGGCCACCGACGCUGUAUGCGUUCGCAAUCAUUCAGCACAUUGCCAUGCUGGCAAGCCAUGACCCCAGCUCCCCGACGAACUCGGUUGUCGUGCUGGAGCAAAUCCGCCUGAACGAUCGCGGCCAAUGGCUUUGGAACGCCUUGUCCAUCGCUCUUCCGGUCAAUAUGGCACGGGAUGCGUUGAACAGAAUGUGGGAUACGGGAGUGAUCGUGGCGGAGCACAAGGACUCUGACCCGGAUCCCGACCUAUGAGGGGUGGGCCGUGUGUGGUAUCAGUCUUCUCUGAUACAAAAAGCUGUGCGAGCGGAAAUUUGAAGGAGUCUACGGAGUACGCAGUAGUAAGGGGUUGAAGAAAAACUAUUGGCGUUGCGGCAAUAUACAGUGGAACAAGGUGCUUGUUAAUCGCAAAUUACCAACCUUCCUGGUGCAAGGUACUGAGAUUUAUGCCUCGACAGCUGAGUCUUCUGUCAGAGUUCG